AUGUCCAUUUCUGUUUGUUUGGAAGGAGCCGCUGCUAGAGCAACCCCUGAGACUGAGACUGUACAGGGGGAAGCGAGCUCUAGUUCUGUUGGGGAGACUGCCAAUGCCAAUGCCAACAGAGUUGAGAUCAGUGAAACUGAGACUGGGGGGGGCCAGUCUUCCAAAGUAGAUGGAGACAGAGAUGGUGAAGGAGAAAAAGUCGAAUCGCCAGCUCCCAAAACGACUGAGAUCAACACUGCUGACGCUCAGGAGCAGACUACCGAGAAUGUGGUAGUGGGAGGAGAUCCUACUCACACUCAAGAGGAGAUUCCGGCUGCUGAAGCUCUGGAGCAGACUACCGAGAAUGUGGAAGUGGAAGGACAUGCUACUCACGCUCAAGCGGAGAUUCCGGCAGCUGAAGCUCAGGAGCAGCAUACCAAGAAUGUGGACGUGGAAUUGGAAGGACAUGCUCCUCAGACUCAAGCGCAGAUUCCGGCUGAAGCUGCAGCAGAUCGCGCCGAGACAGAGGCUAAGAUCAACGCUGACGCUGGGGAGCAUUCUACUACCAAGAAUGCAGUAAACAUUGGCGCUGAGACUCAGACUCAAAUCGAGUCUCAGGCUGAGAUCAAGAAUGCGGAAGGAAAUCCGCAAACUGAUCUGCCUGUCUUGAUGGAAGCUGACACCAUGGACAUGGGUGUCGAGAAUGAGAAGCCUGGUGGCAUUGGCAUCGGGGGUGUGGCCAAUGCUGGCAUCCAGGCAGCUGGAAACUCGACAGCCCAUGACAUUGACCCUGGCUCUACUCAAGACGACAAGAUGGAUGUUGACUCAGACCCAGAUGCCAGGGAUGAUGAGCAAGCCAAGAAGUUGAUUGAGAAGUUCGGGGUCCGAACAGUGUUCAUGUGCGAGAUCACGCCUUUCAAGCAACAGUUUCUCCGAUGCAGCAUGAAGUUCUUGAAGGAGGCCCUUCCACCGGAGAAGUCUGACCCCACAGCCACAGAUGAAUUGACCUUGUUCACAGUAGUGCCCACGAUCCUGCCGAAUGCAAAAAUGUGGGAUGUGAAGCGAGGUCGAUUGCUUUUAGGUCAGGAAAUGAUGGCGUUACAGGGGCUCUACAUGUCAGACCUUCGAGGCUAUGUGCCUGCUGGUGUGACUCAACACCAAAUUGGAGAUCUGGCAGGAAAUGCGUAUACCGACAUGUUGCUCCUAAACGAUGGAUGCUAUGCCAACUUGUACACAAACCAGACAAAGGCUUUCAAGGUGAGGAUCGUGGGCUUCACCGGAGUCUCCAAGUACGAUGUCUACGACUACACGGACGCCUGCCACACACUCUAUCGCCCAAAGAGGACCUUGAAUGAGGGGCAGUGUACGCGCUUCGCAGUGGGCGGCUACUUUGCCGAGUUGCGAAGCCGCCUGAGAUCCUCCACAUGUGUGGGCGACAGCUGCUCCCGCAUGGCGGUGACAACGCAGAGGUUCUAUUCCGAAGCGAAUUGCCUGGGCUUGCCGUACCAGAUUUACACCUAUCCUGUGCAGACAGAGUGCAUGCGAUGGAGUAACGGUACGCAGACCUUCCGCGUGGAUCCGACCACCACCAACGUCACGCAGGUUGACUACCUUGUGAAUGACAAGUGCGGUGGUGACAAUGUCAGGAUCUAUGUCAUGAGCGUGGGUUACUGCUACGAGCUUUAUCCUGAUAGAGCUCCUCGCAGUUUCAAGUGGGAGGCGAUCGGCUUUGAGAUCUUGGAGUCCACUGGGUGCAACGAGUUAGUCCUCCUUUUGGACAGAUCAGAAUUGGUUCCUUUGCCGUUUCGCACAUCGGAAUUGACAGAGACCGAAGGGCGUGACUUUUCGGAGAAAGGUGGAGAGAUACGACGCGACCGUGGUGGCGGCGACCUGGAGGCCCGUGGUGCUCCCAAUGCUGGCUGCUCCAAUGGCUGGUGCGCUCUUGCACCCAGACUUCUGACGCUCGCCAAGACGGUGAGCUUGGUUGAUGAAGCCUACGGCCGCCAUGGCCCAUUACACAGGCCAUGGUACGAGGCGAGGGACGCGCCGGCCGAGAAGAAGGAGGUUUUGGUGAAGGAGUUGGUGUUGGAUAGUGCUGUGGUCGAUAUUGUGUAUUUGGGCCAGAAGCACGAGUGUCUGCUGCUGACCACAAAGAAGCAGCGGCUUUAUUCAAGCUGCGACAGUGGUCAAAGCUGGCAUGAGAUCACGGACAAGGUGGAUACGACUCCGUCCUCCCACAUUCGGGUGGAGAAGAUCAUCGUGAACUCGGCUGACAAGACGGUGGCCGUGCUCCAAACUCAGCGUCGUGUGGACAACCGUGGAGCUGGUGUCAUCGACCCGGCCUCGGCGUCCGCGCAAAGCUGGCAUCCCUACAUCUUCAUCUCGGAGGAUUCCGGCCGCACCUGGCGGAAAGCUUGGGGUCGGCAUCAUGGCCUGCACAGCUGGAUCCCGCAUCCCACCCGCCGGUCUUGGGCCUUGGUCUCCUGGUGGAACGGCGCCUGUAGCAAGGCCUCAGGGGGAGAAAUUGAAGGCGCUUCCGACGACGAGGCAAAGAAAGCUGCGAAAGAUGCUUCGAAGGAGGGAGAUCCUGACAAGGACAAGCCGUGCAUGCACCGGUUGAUGCUGACCACCGACCUGGGGAAGACCUUCUUGCAGAUCGCCCCGUAUGUGGUCCAAUUCAGCUGGGGCAGCCCGAAGAUCAACCAGUCCGAUCGGAUUUACUACACUGCCUACGCCUCAAAGACGGGCGACCAGGGCAAGCUCUCCCAGUGGAGCACGGAGGUGGACUUCAAAGCGGUGGAUCUGGAGUCUUUGGGGCGGCCCAAGGUACCAGUGACCAGUGUUAAGCACGGCAACAAGUUCAUGAUCUCCAAUGAGUUCAUCCUCGUCGCCAAAGUCUCCAGCGAGGAGAGGCAGACCGUGAAUCUCAUGGUCUCCAGCGAUGGGGCAAAGACCUGGAAGGCGGCCUUGCUACCCUCCGGGAUGGGAGAGCUCGAAGAGAAAUGGUAUACCAUCGUGGAUACCUCGGAGGGGGCCGUGCUGCUUCAUUUGAACUCCGAAACGGUGGUGAGCCUCACUGGAGUCUAUUUGGCAAAUGUCCUGGCUGAUGCUGAAGGGGAUGCUGGCUACCAGAAGGGGAAGCAGUGGGCGGUAGAAACAGUUGAACAAGAUGCUUCGGAAGGAUCUUCAGUGGAUCGUCGACAUGGUCGAGGCUGGGGCAAAGCCUCCCGCACGGCCAAGGAAGAGCGGAGCAUUCGAACGGUGAUCUCCUUUGACAAGGGUGGAUCCUGGAGAUACUUGAAGCCGCCCAAGGUCAAUAGUCAAGGUCAACCAUAUUUCUGCGCGGGGCGACCCUUGCAGGAAUGUGCACUCCAUCUUCACGGAAGCAGUUCCUGGGAUCUCUAUGCACCUUUCUACUCGAGUGAGAACUGUGUAGGGAUCAUUAUGGGCACCGGAAACGUGGGAGCAUCCUUGAGGUUCGAGCCCGAGGAGACCAGCACGUUCUUCUCGCGCGACGGAGGCCUCACCUGGGUCGAAGCUCACAAGGGUGCCUUCAUCUAUGAGUUCGGCGACCAUGGCGGGCUGAUCGUCAUGGCAGAUGACCUCAAGAAGACCGGGGAGGUGAUCUUCACGUGGAAUGAGGGCGAGUCUUGGUAUGACUUCAAGGUCACCAACACUCCCUUUGAGGUGGAUAACAUCAUCACUGAGCCCAACCUGACGUCCACGACCUUUGUGAUGUUUGGGACUCGUGAGGAUGGUGCUGGUGUGUUGUACUACCUGAAGUUUGACUCGUUGCAAUUCCCCGCCUGCCGUGGCAGCGGCUUCGCGGACUCGGUGUCCUCCGAUUACGAGACCUGGACGGCCUCCGACGGGCGCGGUGCAGAGCGGUGCAUGUUGGGCCAGCAGAUCACCUACACUCGUCGCAAGCGGACCUCGCAGUGCUGGAAUGGUGAGGCCUUCGAACGCCCAACGGUGAAGAAGACCUGCGCAUGUACGGAGGCGGACUACGCCUGCGACGUGGGCUUCGUGCGGCAGGUGGGCUCGACCGAGUGCGUCUUCGGGGGCCUCGAGAUGAUGCCGGAGAGGCGGGGGGGUUUCGGGCGCCGCCAAGCGGCGCCUGGGCGGUGA